AUGCUCGCUGCGGUAAUCCCGUCAUACGUCAUCGCAUUAUGCAACGCUGCUAAUGUUAGUUUCCAAUUAUGGAGGCGUUUUGAGAUUUGUUUCAGAUAAUUCUCGCGCUCUACUUUUUCCCGGCCAUUGUUGAAUGGCUGGAUGACAAGUACUGGGAGUUCAAUCAUCGUUCCUGGUUCAUCGAGUAUGAACCAGAGUGUGAAAGAGAAGCAAUACUUCCGAAAAAUCAUAUAAAUUAUUCGAAAGAGUCUAUUCUGAUGUUGAAAUCUGAAGUUUACGAAAGGACGCUGACGAGGAACGACGUCGUGAAUUACAAUGGUAAAGAGGACGAUCACACGGAGGAGUACCUGCGGUUUCGCGAGAAUCAGAAGAUGCUCCAGUCGGCCGCCGACGACGGAAUGCUUAUUAAAAAGCAAAAGUGGGCGGAGCCUGACUUCGUUCAAUCUGAAUACGUUUCACUUUCAGUUUCAUUUAUCGAGUACGUCAACGGAUCAUCGAGCAUAUCGUCCAGUGA